CACUUGCCAUACUGCCAUUAGUCACCGAAUCAACGGUCUUUGACGGCCUAAACCUCGUUUUGGUCUUUGGGGUUUUUUAAUAACUGGAUUAUCUCUUACCGAAUUGCUGACAUUUCUAAAAGAAUACUAAGUACCUUGAUAACAAAGAGUUUCAGUAGGAAAUUGUAAUAGAAGAAUGAAUUUUCAGCUUCAGUCAUUAAUGCAGCAGAUCAGCAUCAAUGACAAGACUUGUUCUGAGGAAAACGAAGGUGAAAGUCAGCAUUCGCAGAGCUAUUUUUCUUCUCCGUUACCUACAUGGAGUUCAACUCCAUUACAUAACCAACAAAAAGCCGAACAAGUUAGUAGUGAUUCCCCAAAUUCUAGUAUGGAAAAAGAACAAUUUACCCCAAAGAAGAGAAUUUUAACUCAAUUCAAAUUGGCACCAGAGGAAUUUUCUCUUGAAGAUGUGCAGCAUAUGCAGAAGCUCAUCAAGGAACUCCAUGCAGAGAAUGUUCAAAAGACAAUGUCCUGCAUUAAGCUAGAACAAACUUGCCAUUCUUUAAAAGAUGAGAUUGCUUACUUAAAACAAAAAGACCACAAACAAAACUUGGAGGAUUCAGAAAUUUAUCGUAUGGAAAUAUCUAAGAGUCCAGCAACUGUAUCAAAAGAAGAGAAGCUUGUAAUGGAAUUAAAUGAUUGCAAGCUAAGAUGUGACGCAAUACAGCGCGAAGAGUUCAGAUUGCGUGAACUGGUUUCGGUUUAUGAAGAAAGGUUUGAAUACUUUCUUAAAAUCGUCACGAAUACUACUACAAUUUUCGCUGAAAACAAGAGGAUCUUGGAUGCCACCAUGAUGAAAAUUCAGGUUUUGGAAUCGGAGAUAGCCACAUGGAAAGAACGUGAGAACAAUGAAUCUGAAAAGAAAAAAAUGCUCCAUUCAUUGGUCGAAGAGAUGUUUUGUGCAUCAAGUCCAAAUUCUUUGCGUUGAUGACCGUGUGUGGCAACAUUUUCCCCUUAUUUUUAAGACGAUUAGUUUCCCUUAGAAUUUUUGUUUUUCAUUUCAAGAAAAAAAAAGUUAUUAUUUAAUGUAGCUCGAGAAGUUAUGGUUCAAAUCGAUACAUGAAAGCAACUCAAGCUGUUCUUUUUUAGUUGAAAUUGAAACUUCGAGAUAUUACACAGCUUAACCAAA